CGGCGCAACGGCCGCGCGUACAAGCCUGCGCACGCGAUCCCGCCUCGAAUGGCCCGGUAGCUUUGACGACAUAUACGAUACUAGUGACGAUUACCGACCCGCGAUAACCGAAACUCUCGUGUGUUUACAAAUCUCAUAGGUAAAGUGUACGAGUUUGCCGGGACACAAACUGUUGAGUCGGCUGCAGACCAUGCCCUAGGCGUGUGGAAGAAUAAUGCACCAAUAGUGCACUCUGUACUCAUGUGAAUGGAACGCUAUGUGCUGAACUGAAAAUGGGAAGCGGAAAGUUUGGUUUCCAAGUUAAAAAGGACAAAGUGAACAUGGGAGCCCCAAAGACUGAGUGUAGUGUUAAGGAAAAGUGUCAAAAAAUACAAAAAAAACUUAAGAAGACUGAAAACAAGAAGACUGAAGCUAAUGCACGGGAAAAGACUAUCUGGUGGAACCAAUGCAACAGUUUGAGCGAGAUCGACCAGUACUUAUGGAUGGUCGGCGGGUCUGCGGGAGCCCUGGCACUGACUGGGGUGGCGGCUGCCUCGGCCUUCUACCUCAGCACGAGGCCGAAGCCCGAGAAGCCUCUCGUCACACUACAUGAACAGAGCCUGCUGGAACCAGGGCCUGAAAUGGUUCGUGUAUCAAAGUUCUACAAAGAAGCGAAAAAUGGACGAUUUCUUCGCUACCUACACGAAGACACACGCACACUUUAUGAAACCUUCCGACGGGGCGUCAAAGAAUCAAAUAAUGGCAACUGCCUCGGUUGGCGCGAGGGACCAAAUAAGCCAUAUGUGUGGCAGACCUACAAUGAGACUCUGCUGCGAGCGAAAAACUUCGGCUCGGGUCUUAUUUGCCAAGGGCUUGUCCCUGGCCAAAACACAUUUGUGGGUAUAUAUUCACAGAACUGCCCUGAAUGGGUAAUGACAGAACAAGCUGCCUACUGUUAUUCAAUGGUCAUUGUUCCACUGUAUGAUACUCUCGGAGCGAAUGCAUGUGCCUUCAUUGUAAAUCAAACCGAAAUGACUGUAGUUAUUUGUGAAGACGACAAAAAAGCCAAUUUGCUUCUCGACCAGUCGCCAAGAUGUUUAAGGAAACUGAUCACCAUUAAGGAGGUCUCGCCUUCCACGCAUCAAAGAGCGCGAAGCCGAGGUGUUGAAAUUCUUAAGUUCAGCGAUGUUGAAAUUCAAGGGGCCCAAAAGGACCACCCUUGUCUCCCACCAAAACCAGAAAGUCUAUGUACGAUCUGCUACACGUCAGGAACCACGGGGAUGCCCAAAGGCGUGAUGUUGACGCACGAGAACGUAGUCGCGUCCAUGUGCAGCGUCAUCAUGCAGCUCGGCGAGCAUCGGCCCAUGAAGCAUGACGUCAUGAUCUCCUUCCUACCCCUCGCACAUAUGCUGGAGCGGUGCUGCGAGAAUGCUCUCUAUAUGGUAGGAGGAGCCGUUGGUUUCUACAGCGGCGACAUUCGACGGUUAGGUGAUGAUUUGACUGCAUUGAAACCCACCAUGAUGCCUGCAGUACCACGACUGCUGAACAGGCUCUAUGACAAAGCCCAAAAUGAAAUUUCCAACUCCAAAAUUAAGAAGCUGCUGUUCAAUAUGGCGUUAUCGGCCAAGGAGUCUGAACUGAAGAGGGGUAUAGUGCGCAGUGACUCCGUGUGGGACAAGCUGGUGUUCCGCAAGGUGCGCGAGGGCAUGGGCGGACGCCUGCGCAUCAUGGUGGUGGGGUCGGCGCCGCUCGCCGGCAACGUGCUCACCUUCGCACGAUGCGCGCUCGGCUGCUUGAUUGUGGAAGGCUACGGACAGACGGAGUGCACGGCGCCAGUAACCCUCACAGUUCAGGGCGACCACGUGCCUGAACAUGUCGGACCUCCCGUCGCUUGUUGCAAAGUGAAGUUAGUGGACGUGCCCGAAAUGGAGUACUACGCAUCUCAAGGUCAAGGCGAGGUGUGUGUACAAGGCGCCAACGUUUUCAAGGGUUACUUCAAGGAGCCUGAGAAGACCAGAGAGGUCAUUGACCAAGAUGGUUGGCACCAUACGGGAGAUGUUGGCAAGUGGUUGCCGAACGGCACUCUUAAAAUCAUCGACAGGAGAAAACACAUCUUCAAACUGUCACAAGGCGAAUACAUAGUUCCUGAAAAAAUUGAGAACAUUUACAUUAGAAGUCAGUACGUUGAACAAGUCUUCGUACAUGGCGAGUCUCUCAAGUCGUGUGUAGUAGCAGUGGUAGUGCCGGACGUGGACGUGGUGAAGUGCUGGGCGCUGGAGAACGGCAUCAAGGGAACGUUCAGUGCGCUCUGCGAGGACGCGCGCGUCAAGAAGAUCAUCCUAGAAGACAUGCUGCAGUGGGGACGGAAUGCCGGACUUAAGACUUUUGAACAGGUCAAGGACAUCUACCUACAUCCCGAUCCCUUCUCAGUCCAAAACGGCCUCCUGACACCCACCAUGAAGGCGAAACGACCAGAAAUAAGGAGUUACUUCAAACCGCAGAUAGAGGACAUGUACAAACAGCUCGAAUAACAGCGUCACGCCCUUUGUGUAAGGAACACGUUCAGAUGAUGAACGAAACCUUUUUGCGUGACUGUACUCUGAUGUGACUGAGGAUUUGGGACUUCAUUGCUUUGAUAAGGUUAGGGAAUCAGAUGCUUUGAACUUAGGUUUCAUUAUGGAUGAUAAUGUCUUUAGCAACGUCUUGAUUUCUAUCUCAUAAAAUUCAUACAUGAUAAAAACAGAAUUUAGGUUUAUCUGUUGCGAUAUUGCUAAAACUUAACUUAUAAGGUCAUCAGUGAGCAACAACGAUAAUAAUAGAAAAGUUAUGAUUCAUUUUUACAAACACAGUUUAUUAAACCAUCUAACUGCAAAGAAUGAUAACGCAUUUUCUAAUGUGCUCGUUUGCUUUUACUUCCACAUUGGAUUGCGGCCAAGUUCAAUAACAAGUAAAAAAACAACAAUGAAUUAUGAGGUGAAGGAAGUUGGUAUAGGUCCAAACACAAUACAUCGGCAGCCGUGCCAAUUAGCGCAUUCGAUGACGCAAAUACUUUUCAACUCGAUUGUGUGGUGUGACGUGAAUCGAUUUGAAAACAAUCCGAGAUUGUAAAAUUUUACUACACUUUUGAUGUUACAUCAAUCUUUACUUAAACCAUCUUGUCAACAGUUAAAACUUUGUUUGUUUUCUUGGUUCACCCCAAGGUUUAAAACGCACUAUUUCAUUUUUAUCGACUGUAAUAACUCAAAGAAUUUGUUUCACUACAAUCUGUUUAAAAUUCCUAACAUUGGAUCAACCAGUCAAACGUUCAAUUUAGAUUUUGAACCUUCUUUGUUUUCAAUCUCGUUUAUAAUUUCCAGUACUAGAUUGACAAGUGGUAAACCUAGAUCCUGAAUGACGUCAAUGAGAAGCUAAUAAAAAAUGGUCACACCAAGAAGUUCAGUAGCAAUGUUAGUCACACCAGUUCUACCUAUUGAAGCAAUGAAGUCACAAUUAUCAUGUACAAAGUCACAUGGUUUUUAUAUAGCAUCCUAUCACAGUACAAUGUGUUCGCUAUAAUUUUAGUCAUUUCACUUCGCUAAAGCUAAAAUAUACACUGUGCUAAAUUCAACAAUACUGUUUGAUUUCACGCGAUUUUAUAAUGAAAGUACUCUUUGGAAAUACUUCAAAUUAUUAACUGUAGAAUUGACUUUGUAUAUAAUCAAAUUGAAUAGUUAGUAGGGAAAUGUUUUGAGCUGGUUAAGUGAAUAGAUGAAAAGCUAUGCGGGAUUUUGGGUAUUUCGAAUGACGUUUACGGAUUGCAUAAAAAAGGAAAAAAUUGUUCGUACGUCAGUCCGGAUUGCCCCGUCCCGUGAAACGCGCGUUAUUGGUAUGGCAAUAAAAUUACUGGGAACUGCAGUUUCCUGAGCAGUCAAUUAAGAUAUUUUCAAGUAACACCUAUUGGGGUAUCUUGCAGCUUAUACUUUCAAGUAACUUGUAUAUUCUUCAUCGUCAUCCUCUCGAUAAGAGAUGUUGCGAGUGAAAGAGCAAUUUUUGCGGUAUACGAUUUUGAUAAUCAAUACCAAAAUGCUGACGAUUACAAUGAUGACUUGACUCGAUACUUGUAAAAAUAAAUUUUAAUUUAUCCAGUAUUUUUAUUUUCCAAAGUGGACAUUAACAUCAAUGUGAGCCCUUGAAUAUUACUUAUAACGGAAUUGCCUGAUGCAAACAUUUAAUGGUAAUCACUUCAAGGAUAUUUCACUUUUAUAGGAAAUAUUGUAAACAAUAAAUAGAAUUAGGUAAAAUUGUAAGCAAUAUGAUUUACUUUACAAUUGUACUUAGACACGAGACGGUAGGAGUAUGAGGCAACGUUAGAAGAAACUGACAUGAUUAGCAUAUGAAAUAAUUGUUGUUUUAUAUUGCGUGUCUGCUAUGAGAUUAAAGGCAAAUGUUUUAACUUACAUAUGCCAAUAAAACUUAUGCCGAUAUUCGAGGCUAAUGAAAUUAAAAUAAGCCAAGAGAUCCAAGAAGCCUUGCAGCAAGAUUUGGCUAUUCUGAAUUUUAAAUAGGAUAUUUGACUGUAGGUAUAUUUAUUUAAAGUCAUUGGAAUGAUAAUCGAUUAUUGUAUGCAAGACAAUAAAAUAUUAUAUUGACUCCUCAGUGUAAAAGCCCCAUUAGGAACAUUAAUGUUAUAAGUGUGAUGAAUAUGGACAUACGUUUUUACACCAAUGAAAUUUACUCGUCAAAUAUCCUAUUUAGAAAAUUGAUCACAUCGUGUACUAUAGUGAACCCGUAUAACUUUCGGUACAAUCAGGUAGUAUUGUAAGAAAAUACACGUACUUUUAUACCGUGCCUUCGACCGAUGUUUUAAUCUUGCGAAAUGCUAUUUCUGUUACUUGCUAAGUUCUUUUUUUAUUAUUUUGUCUAACUUUUGUGUGCAGAGUUGCUUUCAUGUUGGGGCUACACUGAAUCAAAGCAGGCUAAACAUGACUUGUGACGUCAUCGGUAUAAAGUCCACUGUUAGUGUAACUUCAACAUCUGAGGGGUGAAUCUCCGUUUAUGUUGUGAAUGAUAGUGAGUUUUACACGAAGAAUAUAGUAUAAAAGUAAUACUUAAUCCUAGGUCAAAGUAUCGCACCGCGUAGUGUAUAAUUUUAUAAUUCUAGAGCGCAAUAUUAAUAAGUUGAUAUGCUUUGAGCGAACGUUACGGUUUCAUGUUGUUCAAACCAAAAUUUUGUUGUUAUUGGUGCAAGUUGUACUACGAUAAUUUAUUUUUAAAUAAAAUUUUCAAAAACUGA